GGAUAAAGCGAGGUUGUCUGUUUUGAGAGAGAGGGACGAGGUCUGGCGUUUCCCAGUAGUAAAUCUAUAAUAAAAAAAACCUCCCAGAUACGGACAGAGAAGAAGAAGAGGCCUAGUUAAUCUAAUUGUUCUAACUGGUGACCUGGACCAGCAGCGCAUCAAGCCUUGGAUUAAAAAGCCCGACUAGACCGGAUGGUAGCGCGGUCGGGCGGCGCGCUGUGAAGUUGGACAGACUACCGAGACACCGAUAGCAAGCGGCAGCAGCAGAUUCUGUCCCCACCCCGAACCCCCGUGAAGGCAGCGGCGGCACCGGGAGGCUGCUCACGCGCACCCCGACCAUGAAGCUGCCCUGGCUCCUCGCGCUUACGGCGCUGCUUGCUCGCGCCGCCACGGGACAGACUUGGUCACCAUCGAUCGACGAUGAAGGCUCGACGAGAGACGAGUUCUACGAUGACGAGGACCUCUACUCAGGCUCUGGCUCUGGCUUUCCUGAUAUCAGUAUAAGGCCGACAUCAGCAGGUGUGGCCUUCACCACAGAAGAGCCCCUCCUACUGUCUACCACACAGGCCACAAGCCCUGCCCCCUCCGCCUCACCUGCGGCCGAGCCAAGCCCCAACCCAGAGGAGCCCACCGCCACCCCACUGCCAACUGAGGCAGAAGGAGAAAGCGGUGUAUUCUGGGAAAGAGAUCGAGAGCUGGAGAGGGAGAAAGAGGAGGAGAGGCAGAGGGAGAGGGAGAAAGAGAGGGAAAGAGAGAGGGAGCUGGAGAAUGAAAGAGAGAAGGAGAGACAGUUGGAGAGGGAGAGAGAGAGGGAAAGAGAGAGGGAGCGGGUCCGAGAGCUGGAGAGAGAGAGGGAGCGGGAGAGGGAGAGAGAGAGGGAACGUGAGAGAGAGCGAGAGAAAGAGAGAGAGAGGCAGAGAGAGCGAGAGCUGGAGAGAGAGAGAGAGCUUGAGCGAAUCAGGGCCGCUGCCCAGACCACUGCCGCCCCACGAUCCCCUGCUGCUGUCCCUGUGGUGACUACCAACCCGGCCCUCAUCCCUUCAGAAAGCGCAGUGCCGUCUUUGGAUGACCUGAGCACCACAGAAGAAGAAGACGACGUCUACCUAUCACCUGAACCCACAUCGUUCUACCCUGGAUUCGACUUAGAAACCACCACAGAGGAAGACACGCUCACCACAGCAGAGAGCACACCUGAGCCCACGACAGCGGCACCCACCACCACCACUGUCAAGACCAGGAUCCCCUUCAGGCCAAGGGUUCCCAUAACAACAGCCACUCAGGCGACUCCAACAGAGAGAACGACCCGCCCACAACAGCCAACAACUUCACAGGAGGGUAUCAACGAAGUGGGUGCUGCAGGACCCAGUGGAGACUUUGAGAUCCGUGAUGAUCGGCGUAAUGAUCUGGGUCGAGGUAUAAUGCCAGUAGAUCCUGAUCUGAUUGGCAACACGGUGGACGCAGGCAGCUCUGCCGCCCAGCUGCCACAGAAAAAUAUCCUGGAAAGAAAAGAGGUCUUGAUAGCGGUGAUAGUCGGAGGAGUCGUGGGCGCCUUGUUUGCUGCCUUCCUGGUGAUGUUGCUGGUGUACAGGAUGAAGAAGAAGGACGAGGGCAGCUACACGCUGGAGGAACCCAAACAGGCCACCGUCACCUACCAGAAACCAGACAAGCAGGAGGAGUUUUACGCAUAACACUCAUAUUCCAGAGAGACGCAUCGCACACCGAGGGAGAGAUACAGAGUGAGAGAGAGAAGAGAGAAAGAUACUCUAAGCCCCCCCUCUUUGUCCCCCAGUCCUACUUCUUCCUCCUCUUCUUCAUUGCUUCCCCUUAUCUCCUCGUCCCUCUCUCCUCUCGUCUCCAGAACACUCUUGAGCGCCUUUCUCUCGGCGGACUCGGAACUUUCUUUUCAAUGAAAUCGAAAAAGAGGACCAAAAAAAAAAAGGAAAAAAAAAUCCAAAUAUAUUCUGAAAAAAAUAACUCAUACACACAAGAUGUUUUUAAAGUAAAUGUUGUUAUUAAUAUUCUACAGAUUCUCUUGUUCUGUAUGUAAUGAUAUGAUUAUUUUGUAAGAAAAGAAGAACAAACAAAACGAAACACAAGCUCUUAAUGUGUUUUCCAGCACACAAAAGAAGUUCCUCUGUUUUUAUGGAGCUAUUGAAAAGGCAAAGAGAGGAGAGGAGAGGAGAGGGGCAGAGCGAGCUGAGCAAGACACAAAAGAAAAAUGAAAGAGAGGGGCGGGCUAGACUCUGCCCCUCAUCCCCCCCUCAAAAGACACACAGAGCAUCUGGUUGGCUGCACAGAGCAAAAAGGGUCAAAAGGUGAGAGGAAAGGUCUCUUUUGUGCCUUCCAUCGCUCUGGUGCUUAGAUGCAUAAACAUAAACAUAAACAAAUGCUGACACACACACACACUCACACACACUGGCUUGUGUCUGCUUGAAGGUCGCUCUGACCUCUCUCUCUGUACUUGGCCAACCAGAUAAUGCUGAUCAACCUCAGCGUGUUUCACAAUGUCAAGGUGCUGCUGUGGAAACAUCGGCUGGUCGCAAAAAAGGUUUGCACGAGCUCAUCUCCAGCCGUCGGCCCGUCUGCUCCUUUAAGCUGUACAAAGACUAGUUACGGAAAGUAAUAAUAACCAAUAAUAUAUCAUUGUUCUGGGCUGGACGGUGAUAAUGAUGGUAACAAUAAUAAUAUAAUAAUAAUACCAUUAUAAUAAUGAUGAUAAUAAAACUUAAACAGGAGGAUAUGUAUUUAGCAGUUUAAAAAGUUUAUAUGUAAAUAUCUGCAUAUCCAUAUCUGGCAUCACUAACCAUCUGCAUGAUCAUGAAGAGUUUUUAGUCAUUACAUCCUUCAUCACUUUAGAUGAGCUGUGCUCUCGUUUGCCACAUGCACACACACACAUCUACACACCCUCACAAGUGCAGACAUAUAACUUGCUGUGCAUUAAGAACACACAGACUGAAAUAUUCUGUAAAUCAUAUCAUUCAAACACAUAUCAAACCCAUCAACACCCUCAUUAUGGUUCAUUGUGAUUGUCAUCACUUGAGAUACGAGUGAGAUCAGUUGGUUUCAAUAUGUUAUUGAUUAGGUAUGGAUCAGUUGCAGGUUGGUUUAGUGUUUGGUCUGUUUGUGGAAAAGCACAACUUUGUGUCCAGUCAACAUGUCAUUAGAUACCUCCCCACUCACACACCUUUUGCAUGCCUCACUUUCUUUUUUGUCCACCAUUGGCUCUCUGUUCGGGGAUGGGAGGGGUCUCUGCGAUUGGGGCUUAAGUAAAAAGUGUGAAUAUGUGUGGAAGUUGCUCCCACCGGCGCUGAUUCGGCAAUAAUCACUUUUAUCAUUUAAAAAAACGUUGAAUUAGCGUGAAUGGGUUCGACUUUACCCUGAUACUUUUUGGGGAAAAUGAAUGAGGGAGGGAAAUGGCUUUGGACAAGGAAUUUACCAUAUUCACACUGCAGCCAUUUUCAACUGAUGUCAUGCUCAAAUGCAGUGAUGUGUUGUUCUGCUGUUUAUCAGGUGGGAAGACCUUUCAGUCUAAAAAGUACUGAAUCAGGUAAGACACUCCUUGUUGCUGUGUUUGCAAUAUUUCAAGUUCAAAAAAUAUAUAUAGGAAAAUUACUUGUAAGAUACCCCAAUUUUUUUUUACAUUGUGACAACAUUAGGGCUUCCUACCCUGAGUGUAACAUCAGAGGAUGAUGGCGGCCAUGUGAAUAUGGUCAAUAUGUGGAGACAGGAGGGGUGUGCUUCUAUCUAAGAGAUUGUAACAAUAACCACACCAGUGCGACUGGGCUAGUAGCGUCUAUUAUACUCAGUACUGUAGAACAAAAAUGCAUGGGAGUCAAUAUAAUACUAGUCUGGGUGUGUGCAGAUGCGUUUGUGUGUUUUUUUGUGUGUUUGAAAACAAAAGUGGGGUGAGUUAAAGUAGGAAUGUACUGUGGUCGAGUGUGUGUUUACCUUCUCCAGCAGAUCUCACGCUCUUCCAUAGACGGGUAACACACCUCUUCCACUCCUGUGUGUACGUCACCUGCCCCCUCACCAGUGUGAGAAUAUCUGUGUGUCUGCAACUCAUCUAAACCCGCCACCUGUUUAUGUGUGUAUGUGUGUGUAUGUGUGAGUGCUUCACCUUGGUAUUUCACAGCAGACUCUGUGUACGCUGACUAGCCUGUCGGUGUGUGUGUGUGUGUGUGUGUGUGUGUGUGUGUGUGUGUGUGUACUGUGUGUGUGUGUCUGCGUGUGUUUCGUCCAUUCACUGCUGAAUGAGGGGCAGCUGGUCCCUCACAGUGGCUUUCACACACACUGACUGUCUUUUCACUGUCUGUCCGUCUCUCUCUCUCUCUCUGCCCCAGGAUAGACGGACAGACAACAUGCCACUUUCUCACAGGCAGGAAUGAUCUUAACACGUACUGUCUUUUCUAAAGUGUAAACAUGUGUGUUUGUACCCAUUUUAAGCCUGCGUAGCCAAAUAAGACGUGUGUGCGAUUAUGUGUGAGAGAGAGAAAGAGUGGAUUUGUACGUGUGAGUGUAGGUAUGCACAUGUGUGUGUGUGUGUGUGUGUGUGUGUGUGUGUGUGUGUGUGUGUGUGUGUGUGUGUGUUAUGUGUAGCCCGAUGGAGGCGACACUACUCUAUGUUUGCUGUUUCCAUUCCUGUUUUUAUACAUUUGCAUUUUUUUAAGGCUGAGUUUCUGUCAUUGGCUGAGUGAGCGAGAGGAGGCGGAUCCUCUACGCCACCGCCCUAUCACUAAUCUGCCACUCUGUUCCAAAUAAAAAACCUGAUUGGGUAA